AUAACAAAUAACCUUGUUUAAUUGUAAUUAGGUAUCUGUUUUUUAAUUGUAAUGGAUGACAUUCUUUGAUAAUCAAAGUUGUAGUAAUUUUUGCAAGAAUUUUUCCCAAUCACUUGUUUGAUAGUUUAGGUAUUACUUAUAGAGGCUAUUUAUCGGAAUUUGUAAUUUAGAUCUUUCCAAACUGAAAUUUGAACUUCGUUUUGUAGAAAAGUAGCGUGGUUUUCCAACCCACGUUGGUAACUAAACAAUCACUUUAAUUUUUCCAUGAUCCAUUGAAGAUCUAGCCUAACCAUUUAUCCACCGAUGACAUUUCUUCCAAACCAAAUAAUUUGUCUAUGAUUAUGUGGUGGCUGGGGUAGCGUACAUAAAGUGUAGCACUGCACAACACGAACGACUGUCCGGCGCGACACGAACGACCAACCUGCACAACACGAACGACCGACCUGCACGACACGAACGACCAGUAGCGGGGACAUGCUCGCCGGUAGACACAAUUUUCCUCUUUUAUUGUCAAUGCAUUUCAUUUAUAUAAAGUGAACGUUAGCCUUGUAUGUAAGUCUUAAAUUUUGCUAAACAUUCUUCCUAACGACAUAAAAAGAUCCCUAGAACCUUAUUUAAUCUACACGAACCUAGAUUUUUUUACAAGAACAUGUUGUGAAACCUUCUCCGGUGCUCUUUUUGUAAAAAUCUUCCUGCAGCUAUAAACAAUGCUAGCAAAAUCUUUAUAUUUUUUUCUACAACUUUCUCCAAUUCAGUCGUAUUUUACCAUCUUUAGAGCUUCUAUCAACGUUGUUUUGUGGUCGACCGUAUUUUAAGGUCAUUCAUUUUAAGGAGUUGGGUUUGUUCAUGUGCUUGUUUACAUGCGGUAAUUUUGCAGAAAAGAUGGAAUUUUUUUUCAUUAAUUUGUUCCUCUUUGCAAAAUAGGAAAUGGCUCCUCUGUUUACAUCAGGUUACAUGCUGCACGACAGAAUUUUGUCAUACACUAUGAUGUAAUAAGAGAUCAAGGAAACCUGAAUACCAAUCUGAGGAAUUUUCAAGAGUCAGAUAACAUUGCGCCUGGAUUUAGAGUCAAAAUCGACCAAUGGCUGAGGCAUACAAACCUAGGUGUUUAGUAGCAACCCCCCUCAACUCAGCCCCGUCUUAGGAUCACAGUUUUCUGGAAAACAAUCGUACGGGGAUAGUUCAUUUGACCACAGAUCCCUUCAAACGAUUAAAAAUAUCCGGCCUUGAUAUCAGGUUGACAAUGCGGGGGAGGAUUGCGCCUCAUCAUACUUAAGCUCUCCGUCCAAACAACCUGUUUUCAACUGUGUUACAAAAUGGCAACGAUGGCCAGCUUCUUUGCAUUGCUGAUGGCUUUUGUUCUUGGAUUUUCUGUGGCAGAAGGCAGACAAGGAUGGAAGACAUAUGGAAAUGGGUUCUUCAUUUACCGUUCCACUACGGAUUUUCAUUCAACCAAUCAGUUCAACGUCAAUGGAGUAUUCUCAACCAUGCCAGACCCGACCAAUAAAUUCACUCUCCUGGCAGUUUAUGACUCAGAAAAUGUGUUUACAUUUCAGCUUGUAAUCAAAGACGGAAUGUUGACAGUCGCUUACCCUGCAGAAGGCGUAACAGAGACAAAAGAUUGGUCCUCGCCACUUAUCAACACGGGGUAUGCAUUCAGCUUCAGUGUUUCAGUCAAAGCACAGGGCCUUAAUGCUUCUGGAUCUGCGUACAGUAUUAAUGCUUCAGUUACUGGUGCUCUUAGGCCAAGUGUCACCUUGGUACCUUUUGGUAGAAAAUGGAACUAUGGCAAUGUGACAAUUAAAGUUGGAGGAAACGGACCGUUAGACCCAAUAGGAGCACCCUUUUUUAGAGGAUGCCUGUCUGACGUUACCUUCAAAGGAGUGGACAUAAUAAAGGAGUAUUUCAAACAAUACCCAAACAACACGAAUCCCACAAGAGGCAAAGAAAUGUUUAUUAGGGAUGGUCAUAGCUUCAGCAACGUGUCACAGAUUUGCGAUGAUGUUAUGUCAACUGCCAAGCCAACGUCGACAGAUGCAACGAAAUCAAAAACGACUGUGACAAGUGCAAGUGCUAACCUAAGCUCGACAAAAGCCACUUCUGUCCCGCAGACAACAAAGGUACCAAAGACGCCCCCCAAAAAUGAUGCAAGCAUCUUGACUGUGACUGCCAUUACAAUUUUUCUCUCCAUCAGUUUUGAAUGUCUUGUUACCUGGUUGCAACAUCUUACCUGACAUUGUUGUCGGUUCCUUGAACAUUUAUCGUAACAUUUCAGAUAUAUCAGGAGAACUAAUGUUUUCGUUCUUGUGAUACUAGCAAGUAGCCGUUGUCUAGCAAAGAAACCAGAGAUGUAUGUUAUUGUUUUAAUUUCUUAUUUUUCUUCCAGAAUAUUACUUCUUCCUUCCACUACCUCAAAACAAUAUCAUAAAGCGAUUUGGCGUACGCUUACAGCGGCUCUCCCAUCGACCACUCAGAUUUUCUUUUGCAUAGAGAACAUUUCCAAGCACUAAAAUCUCUACGGGCUAACAAUGACAUCUUUAUUACAAAACCUGAUAAAGGGUCUGGAGUGGUCAUUUUAAACAAAAAGGACUACAUCAAUAAAAUGGAGGUAAUUCUCCACGACAAAGAAAAAUUUGCUAAAUUGGGUGAUGUCGAAACACAUGACAAAACGGCCAAACUAGAGCGGAAACUCCAAAAACGUUUGUUGGAACUGGUCAACUCAAAAAUGUUGGCUACAGAAAUUUAUGAUAGGAUAAGACCCACGGGCUCUCAACGACCACAAAUGUAUGGCCUCCCUAAAAUACACAAGCCGAACGUCCCACUUAGACCUAUCUUGUCUAUGAUUGGCUCAGCACAACACGAACUGGCUAAGUGGCUUUCUGAAGUUUUGGACCCUGUUCUUCAAAAAUAUUCAAAACAUUGCAUCAAGGAUUCUUUUACGUUCGCUGAGUUCAUGCAAAACUUGAACAUCGAAAACGAAACAUCUUUCAUGUGUUCUUUUGACAUUAGUAGUCUUUUCACAAAUGUUCCUUUGAGUGAGACCAUCAAAAUAUGUGCCGACGCUUUGUACCGGAGCGAGCUUAAUAGCCCACCAUUCCCAGAGGAAGUAUUCAUUGAACUGAUGGAAACUGCAACACGUUCAGUUGAAUUCAGUUUUAACAAUGAAAUGUACCAACAAAAGGAUGGUGUCGCUAUGGGUAGCCCUCUGGGACCUGCCUUGGCCAAUAUCUUUGUUGGCUUUCAUGAAGAGCGUUUGUUUGACUACGACCAAAAGCCAGGUGUCUAUUUUCGGUAUGUGGAUGACACAUAUACCAUUUUCAAAACAGAGGCUGAGUGUGAUAUUUUUCUAAAACACCUAAAUAGCCUACACCCAGCCCUCCAGUUUACGUUUGAAAAGGAAGAAAAUGAUUCCUUACCAUUUUUAGAUGUUUUGGUCGAAAAGUCUAACACUGGAUUUCUUACCAGUGUAUAUCGCAAGCCUACUUUUACCGGUCAGUACAUACGCUGGAAUUCAUUUUGCCCAAAACAACGCAAAGUCAACCUUGUCAAAACAUUAGUACAUAGGGCACUUAUGAUCUGCUCGAAAUCUAAACUGCACGCUGAACUGGAAAAACUCAAAACGAUCUUCUUGGACAACGGCUAUCCUGAAGACGUCAUUUUAUCUUAUACUAAGGAGAAGAUCGCAAGUUUUUCGGCUGUUCCAAAGUUUGGUCCGCAAAAGUGCCCAGUUUAUUUGAAACUACCAUGGAUUGGUAACACUUCCUUGCGAUUCGAGAGUCAGAUUAGGCAAGCCAUAACCAAUUGUUUCUUUGCUGUCAAUCCUCGGAUUGUUUACAGCACUAGGAGAGCCCUUCCAUCCAUUCAAAAGGAUUGCGUCCCUACCAACCAAAAAAGUUCCGUCAUUUAUGAAUUUACGUGCCAGUGUGAUUCUGGCUACGUAGGGCGCACAACCCAAAGAUUGGGGGAUAGGAUAAAACAGCAUGUUCCUUCCAACAUACGAAACAAAACUGCCCCUCAAAGAGAACAGCCUCCUCGAUCUUGUAGGUCGAGAAACACUGUUAAAACAAGUGAUUCUGCCAUUGGUCAACAUCUUUUGGACAACCCAGAUUGUGCAAAACUCUAUAAUGACGACAUGUUUCGGAUAAUUGGCAGAGCCCGGUCGUCCUUCCAUCUAGCAGUUUUGGAGUCAAUCUACAUAAAAACGAAAAAGCCGCCAUUGUUUAGACAAAAGAAGUUCGUUUUCUCUCUUGGACUCCAUUGGUAAUUUUUCUUUAGGCUCGCGGCACUGAUUGGUCAACUAUACCGGUCUUGUGCUUGCGUUUUUCUGAUUGGCCUAUUUCGAUCCACAACUGGGUAUAUAUUUUUCAAACAUGUUUUUUCGGAACCUAUUCUGACGU